UUCAGACUAGGUAGCCAUGUCAGCCAAAGCCAUCUCUGAGCAGACGGGGAAGGAGUUCCUCUACAAGUAUAUCUGCACAUCCUCUGCCAUCCAGAACCGCUUCAAGUAUGCUCGGGUCACCCCGGACACUGACUGGGCCCGGCUCACCCAGGAUCACCCCUGGCUGCUGAGUGAGCGUUUGGUGGUGAAGCCAGAUCAGCUGAUCAAGCGACGUGGGAAGCUUGGACUGGUUGGAAUUAACCUGACCCUGGAGCAGGUGAAGGUUUGGCUCAAACAGCGUCUGGGCCAAGAAACCACGAUUGCUAAUGCUAAGGGAAUCCUAAAGAAUUUUCUGAUUGAACCCUUUGUCCCUCACAAACAGGAGGAAGAGUUCUAUGUGUGCAUCUAUGCUGCCCGUGAGGGAGACUAUGUGCUCUUCCACCACGAGGGGGGUGUGGACGUGGGAGAUGUUGAUGCCAAAGCUCAGAAGUUGCUUGUGGCAGUGGAUGAAAAGCUGAAUGAAUCAGAUGUAAAGAAACAUCUCCUGCAGCAUGCACCAGCAAAUAAAAAGGAUGUCUUGGCUAGCUUCAUCUGUGGCCUGUUCAACCUUUAUGAAGAUUUAUAUUUCACAUACCUUGAGAUCAAUCCAUUAGUGGUGACUCAGGAUGGUGUCUACAUCCUCGAUUUGGCUGCCAAGAUCGAUGCAACUGCUGACUACAUCUGCAAAGUGAAGUGGGGGGAUGUGGAGUUCCCCCCUCCCUUUGGCAGGGAGGCCUACCCAGAGGAAGCCUACAUUGCUGACCUGGAUGCAAAGAGUGGAGCCAGCUUGAAGCUCACUAUUCUCAACCCCAAAGGCAGGAUCUGGACCAUGGUGGCUGGUGGUGGAGCCUCUGUGGUUUACAGUGACACCAUUUGUGACCUGGGGGGUGUGAAUGAGCUGGCUAACUAUGGGGAGUACUCAGGAGCCCCAAGUGAGCAACAGACCUACGACUAUGCCAAGACCAUCCUGUCCCUCAUGACCCGAGAGAAGCACCCUGAGGGUAAAAUCCUGAUCAUUGGAGGCAGCAUCGCCAACUUCACCAACGUCGCAGCCACCUUCAAAGGCAUUGUGAGAGCGAUCAAGGAUUACCAGGGCCCUCUGAAGGAGCAUGAGGUGAGGAUCUUUGUGAGAAGAGGAGGCCCCAACUACCAGGAAGGAUUACGUGUCAUGGGAGAAGUUGGGAAGACCACGGGGAUCCCCAUCCAUGUCUUUGGCACGGAGACCCACAUGACUGCCAUCGUGGGCAUGGCCCUGGGCCACCGGCCCAUCCCCAACCAGCCCCCGGCCGCCGCCCACACCGCCAACUUCCUGCUGACCGCCAGCGGCAGCGCCUCGACUCCAGCACCAAGCAGAACAGCCUCCUUCUCAGAGUCCAAAGCAGAUGACAUUGCUCCAGCCAAGAAGGCAAAGCCAACAGCACCUCUUGAUUCAGUCCCAGCCUCAAGACCUGGCUCAGGUAAAGCUACCACCCUGUUCAGCCGUCACACCAAGGCCAUCAUCUGGGGGAUGCAGACUCGGGCUGUGCAGGGAAUGCUGGACUUUGAUUACAUUUGCUCCCGGGAUGAGCCCUCAGUAGCUGCCAUGGUUUAUCCCUUCACUGGUGACCACAGGCAGAAGUUCUACUGGGGCCACAAGGAAAUCCUGAUCCCAGUCUACAAGAAUAUGUCAGAUGCCAUGAGGAAGCACCCAGAGGUGGAUGUUCUCAUCAACUUCGCGUCUCUGCGCUCUGCUUAUGACAGCUCUGUGGAAACCAUGAGCUACCCACAGAUCCGCACCAUUGCCAUUAUUGCUGAGGGCAUUCCAGAGGCCCUGACACGCAAGCUGAUCAAGGCAGCUGAUAAAAAAGGAGUCACGAUCAUUGGGCCUGCAACUGUUGGUGGGAUCAAACCAGGUUGCUUUAAAAUAGGCAACACAGGAGGCAUGUUGGAUAACAUCCUGGCAUCCAAGCUGUACCGCCCAGGCAGCGUGGCCUACGUCUCCCGCUCGGGGGGAAUGUCCAACGAGCUCAACAACAUCAUCUCCAGAACCACUGAUGGGGUCUACGAGGGGGUGGCCAUUGGAGGGGACAGAUAUCCUGGCUCAACUUUCAUGGAUCACGUCUUGCGUUAUCAGGAUACUCCAGGAGUGAAAAUGAUUGUAGUGCUUGGAGAGAUUGGAGGCACAGAAGAGUACAAGAUCUGUAGGGGUAUUAAAGAAGGUCGUAUCACCAAGCCAGUUGUGUGUUGGUGCAUUGGUACUUGUGCCACCAUGUUCUCUUCAGAGGUUCAGUUUGGCCAUGCAGGAGCUUGUGCCAACCAGGCUUCUGAAACGGCUGUUGCCAAGAAUCAGGCCUUGAAGGAAGCGGGUGUGUUUGUUCCCCGGAGUUUUGAUGAGCUGGGAGAGGUCAUUCAGUCAGUCUACCAAGAUCUUGUGGCCAAAAGAGUGAUUGAACCAGCUGAGGAAGUGCCUCCUCCAACUGUGCCAAUGGAUUACUCCUGGGCAAGGGAGCUGGGACUGAUCCGCAAACCGGCUUCCUUCAUGACGAGCAUCUGUGAUGAGAGGGGUCAGGAGCUGAUCUAUGCUGGGAUGCCCAUCACUGAGGUCUUCAAAGAAGAGAUGGGAAUUGGAGGGGUUCUGGGCUUGCUCUGGUUUCAAAGGAGGUUGCCCAGGUAUGCCUGCCAGUUCAUCGAGAUGUGCCUGAUGGUCACAGCAGACCACGGGCCAGCUGUGUCUGGAGCCCACAACACCAUCGUCUGUGCCAGGGCUGGCAAGGACCUUGUCUCCAGUCUCACUUCAGGCCUUCUGACUAUUGGUGACCGGUUUGGCGGAGCACUCGAUGCUGCAGCAAAGAUGUUCAGCAAAGCCUUUGACAGUGGGAUUAUCCCUAUGGAGUUUGUGAAUAAGAUGAAGAAAGAAGGGAAACUGAUCAUGGGCAUUGGACACAGAGUCAAAUCAAUAAAUAACCCAGACAUGAGAGUUCAGAUACUCAAAGACUACGUGAAGCAGCAUUUCCCUGCCACCCCACUGCUGGACUAUGCACUUGAAGUAGAGAAAAUUACAACUUCCAAGAAACCAAAUCUUAUCCUGAACGUGGAUGGCUUCAUUGGAGUUGCUUUUGUGGAUGUACUCAGGAAUUGUGGCUCUUUCACACGGGAAGAAGCAGAUGAAUAUAUUGAUAUAGGAGCCCUAAAUGGGAUCUUUGUACUAGGCAGGAGUAUGGGAUUCAUCGGACACUACCUGGACCAGAAGAGGUUGAAGCAAGGCCUGUACCGGCACCCCUGGGAUGACAUAUCCUAUGUUUUACCUGAGCACAUGACGAUGUGAGAACCUGCAGUGCUGCCUCGG